UCCUAAUCAGAUAAAAUGUCUUUGGCUGCGUCCCUUCCUCUUUCGCUCACGUUUCGCUCAUUUUUCCUCGAUUCAAUUCCGAAAUUAUCUCCGUUAUCCAUUCGAGAGCCGCGACCGUUCCGCGUCAAAAGGUUAUCGAGACGGUUUCUAGGUCAGCUCUCGAUCAAAUUCACCGCAGUUUCCAUUAAAAUGAAGUCGAGUUUAUGUGUGUUGGUUUUCUGCACAACAAUUUUCGUAAAAUCGGCUUCAAAGCCGUGGCUCGGCCUGGAAAAGGCCAACCGGACGAACCUCCGGAAAUACGAGAAGCACUGCUUGGAGACGAUUUUCCGGCUCGGCCCUCUGGAGGAGGGCGAAGUGCGGCGUGUUCCGGGCAUGUGCAUCCUGGCCACUUGCCUGCAAGACCGGAACAUUACGUUCUCCGGGUGUCCGCUUACAGCUUUAAGCGACAGCUCGAAAUGCCGGGUGUAUGCCGGGGAUCUGGACAAGGAGUACCCGGAAUGCUGCUACGAGAUCAGGUGCUUCCAGGAUGAGCCCCUGUCCAGGGUCUACGACGGAUUUGUCAAUAUGACGAGUGUCAAAAAACGCAAGGAAUAAAAUUUCGUUCGCUGAAA